AUGACGGAAGCGAGAGCGUCGGCUCAGCCCCACCACCAGGCGUCGUCCGCCCACCACCACCGCAAACACUCGAUCCAGACACUCCAGUUUGGGUGGUUUCUUGGCCAUGUCCUCACCGUGAUUGGCACUCUUUUGUACCUUUUGACCUACGUGGGCUUCGGCAAGCGCUACCACAAGGUGUGGUACGUCGUCGCCCUCUUCGGCAUCGUCGAGCUGUUCCUGAUCCUCAUCUACCAGAACAUCACCAAGCGCGGGUUGCAGCCGUCGCAAUUGCUCAAGGACGAUAACGUCCACUACUUCUUCAUUGCCCUCGUGUUGCUCUGGGUGAGACCGAACGUGUUGUUGCCGUUGUUGCCGUUCUUCAUCUACCUGGUGUUCCACGUGCUUGUCUACGUCAACAACUACCUUUUACCGCAGGAGAACCCGGCUAUCACUCUGUUUAUCGCUCACAAUAACGUCAACCUGGUGCGGUUAGGCACCCAGAUCGAGAUCUUCUCGUGGUUCUGGUUAUUGCUUCGCGUGUUGGCGUGGAGACCUAAGUCGAUUAUCCCGUUUAUCGCCUACACGUUGUUCCUCAGAUUCCGCUACGAAAAGAUGGCCCUCACCCGGACCCAAGUGAAAAACAUCGAAAUCAAAAUCGACCAGCUCGUCAACAACGCUAACGUCCCCGCGGUGAAGAACGUCUGGAUCCAGGUGAAACAGGUGAUCCGCAACGCCGGCGGCGUGUACUUGGUCAACGACUACACCAAGGAAAAGACUACUUAA